AUGUCUUUCCCUUUGACUGUGUCUUGGUACUCUGUGUGUCCAGGCCAACAUCUGGACAACCACUGUAGUGUGAGCCCAGAAGAUGGGACCUGUUUUUACUGUAAGCCAGGCAGAACCUACAACAGUGACCCCAACUCCCUGGACUCUUGUGAGCCCUGCACAUCUUGCAACCGUAAAGGUAUGCCUACACACGCACACAACAGGUGGAACUAACACCCUAAAGGACGUCCUACCUACUGUAGCAAGUGAGGUUUCUAACGUACUGUCACUGUGGUGGUUGGUCUCCGUAGCCAAUCUGGAGGUGGAGGACAAAUGUACCAUCAGAAAGGACACAGUGUGUCGAUGCCAGCAGGGCCACUACUGUGACAAGGGGAAGGCGCACUGCAGGGCCUGCUACCCGUGUACCAUGUAAGUCCAAAAUACUGGAGUUUAACCAAAUAACCAUCAAAUGAAACAUUUGAUUUGGUUUAUUGUUUGUGAAGGUUAAAGGUUAAAGGUAGACUCAGCGAAAUGACAUUGCCACGGGCAGCGCCGCAGAUAUUGAGAUGAGCGAGAUGCAAUACUUUGCUCUCCCACAGUCACACACAGUAUCUGCGCAUGUACACAGGUUUGUUUCACGCUGUUAAAGUGUGGUAGCCACGGGACCAAAACAGCGGAGAAGUUGAGCCUCAAGCUUCAACACUAUCACUUGAUGCGGAAAUUGACCCACUAUGUUGAUUAACUUUCUGCAUCUACGUCUACCUUUAAAAAACAUUGUUAAAUCGGUUGUAGGCAUGUUAUUAUAAAGACUAGAGCGAUAUCGACCUGCAUCAAAUCUUUUCAUUUCUCUUCAAGAUGUGGGAAUGAAGGCAUCAAGGUUGCCUGUAACACCACCAACAAUACCAUAUGCCAUGACGACCAAGAACAAUGA